GGUUACUGUCGGUCAUUCAUCCUGACGCGGUCCGGUUGACGUCUCGGUUUCUGAGAGCUAGCAUCACAGACCUCUUGUGUCAAGCCUUUCCAUUGAGUCGUCUGGGUGCAUGUGCUGCUACCUGUCCCAUCUGUAAUUACUGCCACCUGCCGUGGCAAUCUUUCCACAACCUGAGAGCUGAACCGUCUGAACUCUCCUUGACACAGACACUUCUCCCUCAAGUCUCUCUUUCUCUCCACUUCUGCCUCACCCUCAACCAUGAUGUUCAAAGUUGACAUGCAUUACAUAGUCUUCUUGCCUGUGUACCUAUUGAUGUGGCUGUACACUCUCAUCACGUUUAUCCCAUGGUAUUUCCUCACUAAUGCUGGAAAGAAGAAAGCCAUGGCCAAGAGAGAGAAAGCCAAGUCCACCACAGGCAAAGCAGAGGGCCCCUAUCGUUGUGUGGAGAACUUUGACAACCUGGCCCGAGAGGACUUUGAGGGAAAGGACACUCUAGACAAGCUGUUUGAGCAUGCAGUGCAGCGCUUCGGCAACACUGACUGCCUGGGUACCAGGGAGCUCCUAAAUGAGGAGAACGAGACGCAACCCAGUGGCAAGAUCUUUAAGAAGCUGAUCCUGGGGGAGUACAGGUGGCUGUCCUAUGACGAGGUGGACCAGAUCAUCAGCCAUCUAGGUAGUGGACUGGCAGCCCUGGGCCAGCAGCCCAAGAGUACCAUCGCCAUCUUCUGUGAGACACGGGCAGAGUGGAUGAUCAUUGCACAGGCCUGCUUCAGACGCAACUUUCCAUUGGUCACUCUGUAUGCCACCUUGGGGGAGGAAGCGGUGGCCUUUGGGCUUAAUGAGUGUGGGGCCACACACCUGAUCACCAGCGCAGAGCUACUGGAGACUAAACUCAAGAAUGUUUUGCCAGAUAUGCCCAACCUGAAGCACGUUAUAUAUGUGGACAACAAGAGCAUCAGCCGGACGGGCUACCCUGAGGGCAUUCAGAUCUACAGCAUGCAGGCAGUACAGGAGUUGGGAGCCAAACCUGACAACUUGAGUGUAGCUGUGCAGCGCCCCCAGCCCACAGAUCUGGCUGUGGUCAUGUACACCAGCGGCUCCACAGGACGACCCAAAGGAGUCAUGAUCAUCCACAGCAACCUGAUCGCUGGCAUGACGGGCCAGUGUGAGAGGAUCCCAGGACUGGGGCCAAAGGAUACCUACAUUGGCUACCUGCCUCUAGCUCAUGUGCUGGAAAUGACUGCUGAAAUCUCAUGUAUGACGUAUGGCUGCAGGAUUGGCUACUCUUCUCCACAAACACUCUCUGACCAGUCAACAAAAAUCAAGAAGGGCAGUAAAGGAGACUGCUCUGUGUUGAGGCCUACUCUGAUGGCAGCUGUACCGGAAAUAAUGGACCGCAUCUACAAGAAUGUGAUGAACAAGGUGCAGGAGAUGAGCUAUGUGCAGAGGACUCUGUUUAAACUGGGCUACAACUACAAACUGGAACAGAUCAAAAUGGGCUACGAUGCCCCACUCUGCAACAUGCUGCUGUUUAAGAAGGUGAAGGCUCUGCUGGGAGGGAACAUCAGGAUGAUGCUGUCAGGAGGAGCGCCCCUGUCCUCCGCCACCCAGCGCUUCAUGAACAUCUGCUUCUGUUGCCCCGUGGGACAGGGCUAUGGCCUCACAGAGACCUGUGGAGCAGGUACCAUCACAGAGGUUGCAGACUACAGCACUGGGAGAGUAGGAGCCCCCCUCAUCUGCUGUGAGGUGAAACUACGAGACUGGGUUGAGGGUGGAUACACCAGCCAGGACCAACCCCACCCCCGUGGAGAGAUCAUGAUUGGUGGGCCCAACGUUACCAUGGGUUACUAUAAGAGCGAGCACCUGAACAAUGACUUCUGGGUAGAUGAGCAGGGCCAGAGGUGGUUUUGUACCGGGGAUGUGGGGGAGAUCCACUCUGAUGGCUGUCUGCAGAUAGUGGACCGUAAGAAGGACCUGGUCAAACUGCAGGCUGGAGAAUAUGUGUCCCUGGGGAAAGUGGAGUCUGCUCUGAAGAACUGCCCCCUUAUUGACAACAUCUGUGCAUAUGCAAACAGUGACCAGAACUACGUGAUAAGCUUUGUGGUACCGAACCAGAAGCAGCUGACAACUCUGGCCAAUAACAACGGCAUAAGUGUUGCCUGGGAGGAGAUCUGUAACCACCCAGCCAUGGAGAAGGAGGUCCUGAAGGCCAUCAAAGAGGUGGCUGCCUCAAUCAAACUGCAGCGUUUUGAGAUCCCAGUGAAAGUGCGUCUAAGCCCAGAGCCCUGGACCCCUGAGACUGGCCUGGUGACAGAUGCAUUCAAAUUGAAGAGGAAGGAGCUGAAGAAUCACUUUCAGACUGAUAUAGAGAGAAUGUACGGAGGGAAGUAGAGCCACCAUCGGAUCUAACCAAAGAACAGUUUCCUUACAACUUUCACCAGUGAUGUGUGUCUGAAUAAUAAUAAUACUAUUUAUUUGUAUUGUGCUUUCAUAAGAGUUAUCUCUAAGCUCUACAGAAAAAGACCCACUUGAGUAUAAAAAAAACAUUAGGAACACCUUCUUAAUAUUGAGUUGCACCACGUUUUGCCCUCAGAAUAGUCUCAAAUCGUCAGGGCAUGGACUUUACAAGGUGUUGAAAGUGUUCCACAGGGAUGCUGGCCCAUGUUGACUCCAAUGCUUCACACAGUUGUGUCAAAUUGGCUUGAUGUCCUUUGGGUGGUGGACCAUUAUUG